GGCCGCCGCGGCAGUCAACAGUCCGAUCGCGUCGAUCCGGUUCGCGGUCUGGUGAACGCAACGCUCAUCAUCUGACGCUAUCAUCAUUCGUCGUCGGUCGUCGUCGUAUAGUUGUCACGGACGGUUGAUCUGUUUUACAUAAAAUCUUUGCUUAUUAUCGUCGAGUUUAACAUAUUAUACGAUGACGGUAUGUUUUUUAACGACCCAUCAUAAUUUUAUUUACUCAUAGAGAUAUUGUUAUUAUUAUUAUUUUUUUUUUUUGUCAUACCUCGUCGAUUUAUUUAAUAUUUAUCGAUAUAUGUAUAUAUCUAUAUAAACAUUAUAAGUCGAACACCGCGCUUAAUAUACGUCCUAGUACAAUAAUCAUUUAUUUUGUAUACGAUUUUCCCGAUUGUGCAACCCACUCGCUCUGUAUAUUCGCGACAAUAUACACACCUCCCGGGUGGGUUUUUUGUCUUCGGAUCGGACGGAGUCGUUUUUUUCUUUACGGAGUGACAUCAAAAGUUCAUCGCCAGCAUUCGUGUAUGACUCGACGUCCCCCCGCCCUGUCUAGGUCGACAUGAGCAGAGGCAGUAGCGACGAUGGAGGUGGCGGUGGUGGCGACACGGACGCCGGCCGGAGCGACGAUGAGCGUUCGUUGUCCAGUGACAGUAGUAGCGUCGGUGGCGGCGGCGGCAUCGUCGUCGUCGGUGACGGUUGUCGGAGCCGGAGCAGCAGCGCAAACAGCAACAACAACAACGGGAAAAAAGACACGAUCGCCGCUGUCGAUGAGGUCGGUGGCGUCAUCGGUGCUGGUUUGAACAGUAGUUUCAACUUUUUCGAGCUGCCAUCCAACGCGGCUUCCAUGCCUUUCAACUUGGAGCUGCGGAACGCGGGCGCUAGCGGCGUGUGGACCAAGACCCAGCUGCCCAAAGGCGUCAAGUACGGACCGUUCCUGGGCAAAUGGGGCCCGAAGCCGGUGGACUCGCGGUUCGCCUGGGAGGUUCGCAUCGCUGGGUACUCUGGAUAUUUGGACGGGACGAUUGAAAUCUGUAACUGGCUAAAAUUCAUCCGGUCCACCAACGACUGUAGUAGACAAAACGUCCGAGCGUUCUUGUUGGCCGGACAGAUAUUUUACGAAUUGACACAAACAGUCAGAGCUUCAGAAGAACUACUCUUGGGCAAGAGAGAGCCGCUGAAUUUAGACGCAGCAUUUGGAGAAUUAAUGACUACGUCCGCAGAGGAUCGGAGUGAAAGAGAUUCGGUCGUCGCGUCGCAGAACUCACUGGGAUCGAUCGACGGUGACGGAGACGUGGACGUGGACGCCGAGGAGCCGGACGAAGACGACCAAAAUCGGUGCAUCUUGUGCGAGAAGUGUUUUCCCGACAUCGAACAGCUCGAUGAUCAUCUGGUGUCUGGUCACCACUACAAGGCCAAUCAGUACGGGUGUGAGCUGUGCCCGCAGUCGUACAGCUGGAAGCCGUGCCUGAUCCGGCACCUAGCUUUGGCCCACAGCCGAAAGUUCACGUGCGAGACCUGUUCCAAGGUGUUCAGCGACCCGAGCAACCUGCAGAGGCACAUCCGGACCAAUCACGCGGGUGCCCGGUCGCACGCUUGUUCCGAGUGCGGCAAAACGUUCGCCACGUCCAGCGGGCUCAAGCAGCACACGCACAUACACUCCAGCGUGAAACCGUUCCAGUGUGAAGUGUGUUUCAAGGCGUACACUCAGUUCUCAAACCUCUGCCGGCAUAAGAGGAUGCAUGCCGACUGCCGAAUGCAGGUAAAGUGCGACCGCUGUGACCAGUCGUUCAGCACGGGGACGUCGCUGUCCAAACACAAGCGGUUCUGCGAGUCGAACCCGUCGCCGUCGCCGUCGUCUCUCACGACGUCCGGCGCGGGGGUCGGUGGCGGAAUGUCAUCGUUACAGCAGCAACCCGGGUCCGCGGCCACCGCCGGAUCUUCGCCGUUCGCCGUUUACCCGCGGUUCCCGCUGUACCCGCCGCACCCGCUCGUCCAUCCGUUCUACUUCCCGUUGGCCAACGGAUCACUGCCACCGCCGCUGUUCCCGACGCCGUUCGGCCAGUUCACGCCCAAGCUGAACAUGGACAUGUUGUCCCUGUCCAGCGCCGUCGAGCUGUGCAACAACCGGUUCAAGAGGUCUGCAGGCGAAUCGGAACACAACGAAACGCCCGCCAAACGGUCGUCUUCGUCGUCGUUCAACGCCGGCCAAAAGACUCCGCCGCCGCAACCGCCGACGUCGUCCAGCGUGGCUAUGCUGAUGGGCUCGAGCAAGACGUCGCCGCUAGUCGGCGAAGAGGCGUCAUCCAACCAGCGGCCGUCGCCGGCCCGUCCCAGCGCUACUUACCCUGAUCCCAAAGUGCACGUUAAACGGCAGCCGUCCGGGGACGAGGAUUGUGGCCCGUGUGACCUGUCCGUCAACACUGACAUCCUGUGCAACGGCGGUGGUUCGGCAGACGAGCUGACGACGGACGACAGUGCUGGCGGACGCCGAUCGUCGGACGAUGAUGGGUCGCCCUGCCGAUCGGCGGACAGGUCAGACCAGCCGCUAGACUUGUCGGUAACGAAAGUGCAGCGCCGCCGAAAAAAGUCGCCGACGGCCGUUCGUCCACCACCACGUGAUGACAGCCCUCGUGCCGACCACGUCGGCGGGCGAUCCGAGCAGCGUGGCCGCAAGUGGUCGCCACCGUCUUCGACACCACCUCCACCACCACCCCCGCCGCCACCACCGCCGCCGACUCAGAGGCCGUCGUCGUCGUCGCCGUACUCCUCGGUCAGCAACCUGAUGGCCUACCCCAAACCGCUGUACUUGGACUCCAUGUAUCCUUCAGCGCUGUCCGGGUUCGCAGAGAGCCAGCUGCAGCACAUGCAGGCGCAUCAGCCUUUCGGGCCGUCCGCCACCAGGUCGUUUCCGUUCAUGUCCAGCUCGUCGCCCGCCAUCGAACACUUUCUCCGGCAGCCAAUGCCCAACUACUCGAAAUCGUACCAAGACAUCAUCCAGCAGCAUCAGAACCAUCACGGACAGCACCAGAACCAGCACGGACAGCACCAGAACCAGCACGGACAGCAGCAGCAACAGCAGCACGUCAAGUCCAAGGACAGGUACGCGUGCAAGUACUGCGGCAAGGUUUUCCCGCGCAGCGCCAACCUGACCAGGCACGUGCGUACGCACACCGGCGAACAGCCAUACCGGUGCGCGCACUGCGAACGGUCUUUCAGCAUAUCGUCCAACCUUCAGCGGCACGUGCGCAACAUACACCGGCAGGAGCGCAACUUCAAGUGCAAUCUGUGCAACCGUCGGUUCUCGCAGCAAACCAAUCUGGACCGGCACGUCAAGAAGCACGAGGCGGACGACGGCACCGCCGUCGGCACCGUCACCAGCAGUUCGGCGAGCAGCGUCGACGAGAAGGAGGACCCCAGGCUGUUCGAGAUCCGGAGCUUCAUGAAGAAGGUGAGCGACCACGGGUCGGCGGCCGCAGCCGCCGCCGCCGAGAUGCAGAACAACAACGUGGUGGUGGACCCGUGCGGCCUGCAACAGCCCGACGACGGUCUGCAGUACGCGGCCCACUUAUGACCCGUGGCUCCGCCGCUCUACUUGAAUUGGGCCCGUUGAUGGGCCCCCCACGGCCCUCCGCCAUGCGAUGUCGUCAUACGGCCGUCAUGGCACAAUAAACAUUAUUAUGUAAUAUUACAUAUGUCAUAUAUAUAUCGUCACAAAUCUCCGAGUACCUCCACACGCAUAUUAUAUUAUACAUAUUAUUAUUAUAACAUUAUAUAUAUUAUUAUUAUAUUAUAUAUUAUUAUCAUAGGUCCUAUCCUCUAUCGUUCGUUUUCUUCUAUAUUUGUUUAUAUUUAUUUAUUUAUUUAUUUCGGCGUUUUACAUUCGGUUCGCCCAUCACAAGGGUACUGUAUUAUUACAACGGUUAAUUAAUAUACGUCACCGACCGUCGUCAUCGUCUGUAUAGAUGCUUUAUAAUAUGCUCAUCGCGUCCGUGGUAUGACAAAUAUUAUGUCUGAGAUUAUAUUACGUUGAUAUAUUAUAUAUUCUCUCUCGGCCAAAAAUAAUAUUAAAAUAUGUAAGUACAAUAUUAUUAUUGUCAUUAUACCAUAAUAUUAUUAUAAUACCGCGACAAGGUCGUCGCUGUUUGCUGCUGCUCCUGCUACCGACUAAUAUAAUAUAUUAUAUUAUUAUACGUACAUAUUUAUAAAUUAUAAAUAUUAUUAUUAUUAUUAUUAUUAUUAUUAUUAUUGUAUUGAUAUUAUUAUU